AUGCGGACCCCGGCAGCCAUGGUUGUGGGCAUCGUCCUCGCUCCCUGUGGCCUUAUCUUGAACCUGACCAGCACGCUGGCUCCCAACUGGAGGGACCUGAGUCGGAUCCCCGACAAGGCUUUCGAUAUCAUCCAGCACCAGGGCAUCUGGGACAUCUGCGAGGAAUCCGUAAGCACCCACGACACCAGUUGCAACAUCCAAGACAGCCUCGACUACUAUUCCCAGCUACCCGUGCAAGUUUCCAAGGGGCUCAUGCCCUCGUCUCUGGCGGUCCUCGUCCUAGGGCUGGUUGUGGCUUCUCUGGGCGUGCGCUGCUGGACGGAGACACCCCACUUCCUGCUGGCUGGGCUGGGCGGCCUGUCGCUUUUCAUUUCCGGGGUGCUGAGCCUGAUUGCCGUCUCCUGGUACAACUACGAACUCUACAACCUACCCGCCGUUGCCGGCAGCACCCUGCAGGUCGGCUACUGCCUGGUCCUCGGUUACCUGGGCAGCUGCCUGGAAAUUAUCGGGGGCGUCUCCCUUGCCGUCAGCUUUGCCCAGUGCUGCAAGGAAUGCAAGCUAAAGAAAGACGCUAAGAAUUACAAUUAUCCGCCUGCCGGCGUGCAAGCCCCAGCCACCUUCCCGACCGUCGCUUCCUCUGUUGACCACAAAGAUUUCGAAAUGUAUUAUAGGACUCCGACGCCCAGGUCCUACACCAACUCUCUUGAUGUACUGGAGGAUGAACGGGCUAGUAAGUACAGCUACAGGAGCAGGCUUCCCUGUGACUCAGAUUUAUAGCCCUGCUCAGGGGGACCUUUGCAAGGGAGCACAAGGAGCAA